UACUGCACUGCUUGUUUGAUUGAGUUGGGCGGCCCUCCUCUCCUGCUAUCACUCACUUUGGGAGGGGAGGAAAGGGCCUUCUCGUCGUCUGCUCCGGCGAGCCAUCGGAGGGAGGGAGGGAGGGAGCAUGCGGCACCACCACCACGCCUGCAGCCGGGCCCACCAGGUGGGCGCCCUCCUCCUGGUCGCCGCCACCUUCCUCCUCACCCGUCUCUUCGACCGCCUCCUCCUCGACACUUCCUCCUCUUCCACCGCCGUCCCCUCCUCCUUUGCAGUUGCAGACGCCGCCCUCCGCAUCUACGUCUACGCCGAGGACGAGAUCCACGGCCUGCGCGCCCUGCUCCGCGGCCGCGACGGCACCGUCCCCGUCGCCACCUGCCUCAAGGGCCAGUGGGCCACCCAGGUAAAGAUCCACCGGCUUCUUCUCAACUCAAGGUUUAGAACAUUCAACAAGGAUGAAGCAAAUCUCUUCUUCGUUCCCAGCUAUGUUAAGUGCGUUAGGAUGACAGGGGCACUCAAUGAUAAGGAAAUCAAUCAGACCUAUGUCCAGGUUCUCAGUCAGAUGCCAUAUUUCCGUAGAUCAGGUGGGCGUGACCACAUUUUUGUCUUCCCAAGUGGUGCUGGAGCUCACCUAUUUCGCUCGUGGGCGACAUUUCUGAAUCGAUCUAUCAUCCUUACUCCAGAGGGUGAUCGUACUGACAAACGAAGUACAAGUGCAUUUAAUACAUGGAAAGAUAUUAUUAUACCCGGGAAUGUGGACGAUUCUAUGAUGAAGUCUGAUGCACGUGCUGUCCAACCAAUCCCAUUGUCGAAAAGGAAAUACUUAGCAAACUUCCUUGGACGUGCCCAGGGAAAAGUAGGCCGCCUUCGGCUGGUGGAGUUUGCAAAGCAGUAUCCUGACAAGCUGGAGUCUCCAGAACUGAAGUUGUCUGGCCCUGAUAAAUUGGGAAGGAUUGAUUACUUCAAGCACCUGAGGAAUGCAAAGUUCUGCUUGGCUCCUCGUGGCGAGUCGUCGUGGACACUUCGGUUCUAUGAAUCCUUCUUUGUGGAAUGUGUGCCGGUGAUCUUGUCAGAUGAAGUUGAGCUUCCUUUCCAGAAUGUGAUCGACUGCAGAGAGAUAUCAAUAAAGUGGCCAUCGUCUAGGAUUGGACCUGAACUCCUCGGGUACCUUGAAUCGAUACCAGAUGAAAGGAUCGAGGAAAUGAUUGAUCGUGGGCGUGAGAUGAGAUGCUUGUGGGUGUAUGCGGCGGAUACGGAGCUGUGCUCCGCCAUGAGCGGAAUCUUGUGGGAGCUGCAGAGGAAGGUACGGCAGUUCCAUCAAUCGCCGGAGACGUUCUGGCUGCACAACAGGUCGAUUGUGAACAGAGAUCUGGAUGAGUUCCACCGCUGGAGAAGGCCUGUUCCGUUGCCAUGAGCCAUACAUAACUCUCAACUCGACGAGUCAGCUUGGUAGGCAUUUUUGAGGGAGGCUGAGUUUUCCUUGUUUUGUUAAUCUGGAGAAGAAGCAUGCACGUUACGUUGUAACGUAGUAGUUUGUUGCGUUGCGUUGCAGCGUUGAUUUGAGACAGGCGGGUACUCCAACUUCAGUAGACACAAC